GUUCGACUAUUGUGACAGCAAUGAGUAAACAUAAUGUGUGCACGAAGCAUUCGGGAUCUUUUUUCCUUUGUUUUUUCUGUUUUUGUUUGUUUUUUUGAUUCUUUUGAAUCAGUCUUUUCCCGAAUUGAAUUAAUCCUCUUCAUUUUUCUUUUUCGCUCGCAACUCAAAAGAUGACCAUGACUAAAACAGCAUCGACGACGACGGCGACCACCAAUCGAAUAAAUCAAGUGGGUGUUCAUCAUCAUCAUCAUCACCAUCAACAACAACAAUCGAUUAUACCGAUGACCAAUUCAACCACCACCACCACCACCACCAACGAUGAUAAUAUUGAUGUUGAUGAUGAUUGUGAUGGUGAUAGUGGUCUUAAUCAGGAUAUCGAUCAUCAUCAUCAUCAUCACCAUGAUGAUCAUCACGAUGAAGACAUUAAUAAAAUUAGAAAAAAACAUUGUUCACAAUCACCUACGCUUACGCCUACGAUUUCAUCAUCCGCAUCAUCCACAUCUUCAUCAUCGCCAUCGCCAUCGCCAUCGCCAUCAACAUCACCACGAUCAUCCAUUUUGGCAAAAUUGAUUGACAAUAAAAAUAAUCAUUUAUUUAGUGAUAAUAAUGAUAGUAUUAGCAGUAACAACAGCAGCAGUAGCAGUCAAAAUAGCAGCUGUAGUAAUCCAGCUUCAACAUUAUCACAAUCACAUCAACAUCAAGAACAACAGCAAUUAUCAUCCAACAUUCGACAAAUUGAUGGUAAAAUGCAAAAAUCAUCACCAACACCACCACCACCACCGCCACCCAUAACAAUUCCAAGACGUUCCCGUCAACGAAAACCUGUUGAUCUAAAUAAUAACAAUCGAAAAUCAACAAUCGAUACAUCGAUUGUUUUAUUGAAAAAGGAAAAAAUUACCCGAUUAGAUAUGGUACCGGAUAAUGAUGAUGAACAAAAUCGAAAAGAAGAAAUAUUAACACCCGUUGAAAUUGAUUCAUUUAACGAUGGUGGUGUUAAUGGUCAAACAAAUAAAAAGAAAAAAAUCAAUCAAAAAUCAAUGAUGGAUUGGAAAUUAAAAUUAACAAAAGAAUUGGAUCUUUAUCAACAGAUACUUAUUGAACGACAACAACAACAACAAUCUAGUCAUUCGGCAGAAACAAAUCGACAAAAUCGUAAUGUAAAAUCAAAUGUCAAUCAUCAUCAUUGUCAUUGUCAUCAUCACCAUCAUCAUGCUCAUUGCCAUCAACAGCCUCAUCAUCAUCAUCAUCAUUAUCAUCAAAAAUCGACGAAACCAUUGAUGAAAUCCAAUUCGAAUUCGAAUAAACAAGAUUCAUUGGGUGAUUCGUCUUGGGAAGAGACGACGACAACAUCGAAUACAUCCGAACCUGCCAAUAACGUUAUCAUUACUACACCCCCGACAACAACAACAACAACAGAAUCGAAUGAAAAAAAAUCAAAAAAACCUACAACAUUUUUACGUGGAUCGAGAUCUGCAUCAUCACAAAAAUCCACAACAUCAUGGUCAAAACCUAAUUCACAAUCGACAAAGAAUCCCGUAACGGCUAAAAGACGUAGUGCAAGUUUUAAUAAACAACAACCAAAUGUUCGAAUAAUAACACCAUAUGAACGGAUUCGACAAUCACUACAGAUGGAUAAAACAUGGCAAAAAGAGAUUGCAUUCGGUAGACGUAUCGGUCUUUAUCGGUUUCGUGGUGAUAUUGGUAAUGGUAAUUUUUCUCAGGUUAAAAUAGCCAUUCAUUCAUUGACUAAAGAAAAAGUUGCCAUAAAAAUUCUGGACAAAUCACGUCUGGAUAUGAAAACACAGAAAAUGUUGGCAAGAGAAAUACGUACAAUGGAAACAUUACAUCAUCCAAAUUUAAUACGGAUUUUCGAAGUUAUUGAAUCAUUUAGUAAACAUUUUUUAAUUAUGGAAUUAGCACCUGGUGGUGAACUAUUUCAAGUGAUCUCAACAAAUGGCCGUUUUUCUGAAUUAGAAGCUAAACAUUUUUUUGCACAAAUUAUUAGUGCCAUUGAUCAUAUGCAUCAACAUAACCUUAUACAUCGUGAUAUUAAAGCAGAAAAUGUAUUCUUUUCCGAUCCAAUAACAGUAAAAGUAGGUGAUUUUGGUUUUUCCACACGUAUCACAUCCCGUGAUGAAUUGCUAUCAACAUUUUGUGGUUCACCACCAUAUGCUGCACCGGAAUUAUUUCGUGAUGAAUCAUAUCGUGGACCAUAUGUUGAUUAUUGGGCAUUAGGUGUAUUGCUUUAUUUUAUUGUUACCGGUAUGAUGCCAUUUCGUGCACAGAAUAUUAUCUCUUUAAAGAAAUUGAUACUUGAUUGUCAUUAUGAUAUACCGAACUAUGUUAGCCUCGAAUGUUGUCAAUUGAUCAAUGGAUUUCUACAAUCGGAUCCAUUAAAACGUUUUACAUUAGAUCAAGCUCGUCAUACCCGAUGGUUACAAAAUCAAUUAAAUCAACGUAGUCUACCAAAAUAUGAUCUAAAAUCAUCAUAUGGUAAAUUGAUUCGACAUAGAAAAAUGUCCACUGCUGUUGUAGCAUCUGAAUCGAUUGAUAAUGCUGAUCAUCAUCAUAAUGAACAAUAUCCACCACUAAAUGAUGAUGAAAAAGAAACAUUUCAUCAGCUUAUGUUACUUGGAAUUGAUGAAAAAAUUUUGAAUGAUCAUAUUGAUAAAGGUUCACAUAGUCAUAUUGUUGGAACAUUUCGAAUAUUGAUGCAUCGAAUUCUACGACAAUCAUCCAAUGAACGACAACAACGUAAACAAUCAUCAUCAAAAUCGAAUGAUAUAACUACUAUUGGUGGUGAUCAAUGGAAUCCAAUUCGUCGUACAACCAGUAUGAGUGUUGCACCAUUAGAACGAAUUCGUGCACAUUAUGCAAGAAAAAUUCCAGCCACCAAGCUUGUUGAUGCGAAUAGUAAAUGUCCAAAAUUGAAUGAUAAAUCAAAGAAUUCAAAACAAUUAACCAAAACCACUGAAUCUUCGAAUGAUUCUACGGAAAAAUCACGUUUACAAAAAAUUCAUAAUGCUAUUAAUCGAACAUCAACACCGCCAACGCCACUACCACCAUCAAAAUCGGAUGAUCAGCAGGUAAAAGAAACAAUCGAAAUGAAAAAAGAUCCAAAACAAAUGAAGAGUGUAUUGACAAAACAAGUAUCGGAAUCAAAUUCGCCUGUACAAGAAAAAGAAUCGAAACAACAACCAUCAUCGAGAAAAUUUCUUGAAAAUUGUAUCAAAAAUGAUAAUCAACAUUCGAAUACAGUAUCAUCUCGUUUAUCACGUUCAUUUCGAACAUUGAAACAAUUAUUAACUGAAAAUAAUAUCUGUGGUAAUAAUCAUCAUACAACUGUAGUCCAACCACAAACAAUUAAUAUUGGUGGUAUGAAUAAUAAACCACAUGUUAUACAUAAAACAACAACAUUACAGAUUAUGCCACGUUCGAAUCCCGCCAAAGCAACAGCGAAUCCUUUGUUAUGGCCGUCGAAUUCCAAAACCGGUGGUGGCGGUGGUGGUGGUAAACUUUGGCGUUCACAAACAACACCCGAUGUAUCAUUAAUUGAUGGUACAAUGUGUAUCGGUAAUCAUGCUCAUCAUCAUCAUAAUCAUAAUAAUAAUCAUCGAACAUUACCUUGUUAUCAUUGUGACAAUCAACAUUAUAUAUUACCAUCAUCAUCUAAUAAAAAGUCUUUCAUUAAUCCGGUUAAUCGAUGCGCCAUUAUAUGAUCAAUAUUCUAAUCUCUUUCUCUCUCUCUCUAAA